AUGAAGUUCACGUCGACUACAGCGGCAGCUGUACUUGCCUUCACUUUGGCUCAAGUUGGCGCCCUCCCUUCGCCUCAAGCCAACGACGGAUCUGUCGCUGCGAGCCAAUCCCCUCCUGCCGAUACUCCCAUUUACUACGUCGAGGAUGCAGACGUGGAGAAGCGCGACUCACAAGGCCAAAUCCACGGCUCACACAGCGGUGAAGGCCAUGGCGAACACAAGUGGAAAGGCAUGGGCAAGGGUCAACAUGGACCCAUGCCAGGAGAAGACGACGACAGUGACUCCGUCGACCUGAGCCCCUUAUUCGACCACCCGGACCCGGAAGUCCAGCAAAUCGCCCGCCGAGCCAUUCAGGCCACCAAGUUUCACUGGUGGCAGCAACAAGGCGACACUGGCAAGUUUAUGAACAUCGUGGUGGGCAACCCGGACGUCCGGCCGCUUGCGAACGUCAAGGAGCAGGAUCUGGAACCCAAGGAGUUUAAGAAGCGCGAUCCUGACGCCGCGACUGCCACUGCUGGUGCUCCGGGAGCCUCUCACACGCAGCAUGCAAGUGGCAAGUGGAUGGGCAUGGACCACUUCGACGAGCAAGGCAAACGUCCUCAAGUCACGGGAGCAAGUGCUCAGUGGAAGCAAUGGGGACAGAAUCGCGGCAAGGGACCCAUGGCUGAUGACGAGGCAUAA